AUGAAGUGGCAAUCUGUCCUGCCACAGCAGUGUAUAUUGCUGAUAACAUGUCUUCUAAUGGCUUUGGAAGCUGUACCUAUAGACAUAGACAAGACAAAAGUUAAAGGAGAAGCUCAUGCAGAAGGAGAAAAAGUAGAAAAUCCAGAUACAGGGCUCUAUUAUGAUGAAUAUCUCAGACAAGUAAUAGAUGUCUUGGAAACAGAUAAGCACUUCAGAGAGAAACUCCAGACUGCUGAUAUAGAAGAAAUAAAGAGUGGAAAAUUAAGCAGAGAGCUUGAUUUAGUAAGCCACCAUGUAAGAACACGACUGGAUGAACUAAAAAGACAAGAGGUGGCAAGAUUAAGAAUGUUAAUUAAAGCUAAAAUGGAUUCUGUUCAAGACACUGGCUUAGACCAUCAGGCUCUCCUUAAACAGUUUGAGCACCUGAACCAUCAAAAUCCUGACACGUUCGAACCUAAGGACUUGGAUAUGCUGAUCAAAGCAGCUACAAGUGACCUGGAAAACUAUGAUAAGACACGCCAUGAAGAAUUUAAGAAAUAUGAGAUGAUGAAAGAACAUGAGAGGAGAGAGUAUUUAAAAACACUUGAUGAAGAAAAGAGACAGCGAGAAGAAUCUAAAUUUGAAGAGAUGAAGAAAAAGCAUGGAGAUCACCCUAAAGUACACCAUCCUGGAAGCAAAGAUCAACUGAAAGAGGUGUGGGAAGAAGCUGAUGGACUAGAUCCUAAUGAAUUUGACCCCAAAACAUUUUUCAAAUUACAUGAUGUGAAUAAUGACGGUUUCCUGGAUGAGCAAGAAUUAGAAGCCCUAUUUACUAAAGAGCUGGAAAAAGUCUAUGACCCAAAAAAUGAAGAAGAUGACAUGGUUGAAAUGGAAGAGGAAAGGCUAAGAAUGAGGGAACAUGUAAUGAAUGAGGUGGAUGUCAACAAGGACCGGCUAGUAACUUUAGAAGAGUUUCUGAGAGCCACAGAGAAAAAAGAAUUUUUGGAGCCAGAUAGCUGGGAGACACUGGAUCAACAGCAGCUCUUCACUGAGGAGGAGCUAAAGGAAUUUGAAAGUCAUAUUUCUCAGCAGGACCAUCAACAAAAACUUUGCCUAACAAGUGUUUAUAUUUCUUUUAAGUGUAAGCAGUUAGGUCACACCUGAAGUUGAUAUAGUAAAGUUGUAAAACAGAUGGAACAAAAGAAGCUGCAGCAAGGAAAUCCUCCUGCAGGACCAGCUGGAGAACUGAAAUUCCAACCCCCUGGGGAACACAAAGCUGGGGAUGCACCAAGCCAUCCUGCAGGAGGUGAACAGCCUUUACCACCGGGACAUGUUCAAGAACCAGCUGCUAGAACUGAUCAUGUUCAAGUUCACCCUUAACCACUUGUGCCUCGACUUUAUAUAGUCAUUAUUUGCGGGGGAG